GUAAUUGAACUCUGACAAAACCAGACGGUUCGUCGUCGAGAGAGCAUCGAUGCCAAAGGUGGCGGUGCCUGGUUUAUCCAGACGAAUACUACCGUCCCCUUCCGCCAUGGAUUUGGCUUUUUCCAAAAGAAAGUCCUGUUUGUUUGUAAUUUGCCGCCAAGUUGGGAUAAUGAGUUGUGCUGCGAGCGCAAGGGCAUUUGAUUUGGCUAGGAAUGUCUGAGAGGCUUUCAUUGCUCGUCUUUUUGAAGGUUCUGGUUUUUGGGGAGGGGUGGAAUUCUUUCGACAGGUCUUUAAGAUGGUCAUUUGGCAAAAUAGGACAAAAGCUUCUUCAGGUUGUUUUUCAACAGGGAACUGAGGGACUCUCUACUCUGCUGCAGGAAGAGACUUUGCACUUGGGAGCACAACUUCAUCUUUUCAAGAGAUAA